AUGCAGCUUAUCUCUUCCAAUCACCUCGUGCAAAGGAGUCGUCUCCGAAGAUGCUUGCAGUUGCUUGGCCAUGCUUCUUGUAACGACGCCAAGUCCCUUCCGGUGACCCACCACUGCGCGCAGGCUUCUCCGCCGCGACCAGCCACUGAAUCUGUCAGCGAGCCUCACCACGAACCUGCUUCUUUGUGCAAAGACCCGGCGGCCAUCGGCCUUGCUACAACUCGCCGUCGCUACAACUUCCGGCGGCCAACCUCACCGCCUGCUCGCGAGUCCUCUGCGCGCUGCCCGUCCUCGCCGUGA